AUGGAGGAGGAAGACUCUGGGCUUUACUGGUGUGAGGUGGCCUCUGAGGUUGGCAGGGUCCAGAAGAGAGGCCCCAGGCUGAGAUCACAGUGCUCAUUAGCCUUCUGGGGUGGGGGAGCUGCUGGAGCUCUCUGUGAGGCCCAGAGAGGCUCCCCUCUCAUCCUCACUGCUUCUACCUCUAAGGGAAGUCCUGGGGAGUAUUCGGCUCCCCACACUGGAGCUGCCUUUCUCCUGGUCCCAGUAAGGUCAGAGCAGGACACCAGGAACUAGUCCUGUGAGGCUGAAAAUAAAAUUUCCAGAGAGAGAAGUGAGCCCAGGGAAAUCGCCCUGGAGGACAUUAGGCCCCCAACAGCCUCUGAGCUUCAGCAAACUGACAGGGCUGUUUACCAGCCUGCAGCUCUGCUUGAUGUGACGACCAUUGCAGCUGCACUUCUGAGCUAUCUCAAGUUUUGGAGAAAGUUAUUUCAAAGUUUUUAG